UCCAACCAAUCACAUUCAGACCACUGUGACCACUCGCUCGCGCGCCCAUGGCGGCGACCUCGCCGACGCCGACGAGGCCUGCAGCCGCCGCGCACGCAAGAACCCUGUCCGCGGGGCCCAGCCGUGUCUCCCUGACCUCCUGCCGCUGCCACUGCCGCCGCUCUACUCCGCCUCGGUGGAGUCGUUCCCCGCGAUGCACUCGUGGUGGUGGGAAGCCGGUCGUCACAGACGUCGUCGACGAGGCGGCACCCGAUAAGGAGCCAGGGAUUGGGAUUAAGGGAGAGGAAGAGAAGGAGGACGUCGCGGGGCGUGGUGCUCAGGGGUGGCUCAGGAUUGACGGGGUAGCGGCGGACAUCCUCGCCAUCGCCGCACCCGCCGUGCUCGCGCUCGCCGCGGACCCCAUCACGGCGCUCGUCGACACGGCCUUCGUUGGGCAUAUCGGUUCGGCUCAGCUUGCGGCUGUUGGUGCAUCGACUUCCAUAUUCAAUUUGGUAUCCAAACUUUUUAAUGUGCCGCUACUUAAUGUCACCACAUCCUUUGUUGCUGAGCAGCAGGCAAUGGAUGGCAAUUCUAACAUCACAAGGGAAAGAGAUGAAUUUUUGACACCAAUAGAGAAGGCAAGGCAACAAAAGAAGGUUCUUCCGGCGGUGUCAACAUCCUUGGCUCUAGCUGCUGGCAUUGGACUGUUGGAAAUGGUAGCUCUGAUUGUUGGAUCUGGGACCUUGAUAAACAUCAUUGGUAUACCCGUUGAUUCACCGAUGCGAGCACCAGCAGAACAGUUUCUUACACUGAGGGCACUUGGUGCUCCACCAAUCAUAGUGGCACUUGCAUCUCAGGGUGCAUUUCGUGGAUUCCUGGAUACAAGGACACCGUUGUAUGCUGUGGGUGCUGGCAACCUAUUAAAUGCAGUACUUGAUGCAUUACUUAUUUUUCCACUUGGUCUAGGAGUAAGCGGUGCUGCACUGGCCACUGUGACCUCGGACAUUUGUAUUUUUUGUCUACAUGUAUUCAGGUACUUGACAGCAUUCAUCCUCCUUUGGAAGCUGAAUAAUGAAGUAGAUCUGUUCUCAUGGAAUAUAAUUGAGGAUGGAGGAGUGAUCCGCUACCUGAAAUCUGGUGGGCUACUAAUUGGCAGGACAAUUGCAGUAUUCUUGACACUGACACUAUCUACAUCCCUGGCUGCAAGGGAAGGGCCUGUUCCAAUGGCAGGCUAUGAGAUAUGCUUGCAAGUGUGGCUAACAAUUUCUCUGCUCAAUGAUGCUCUAGCCCUUGCUGGCCAGGCUCUACUUGCUACCGAAUAUGCAAAAGGGAACUACAAGCAAGCCCGCACGGUUUUAUACAGAGUCCUGCAGGUUGGAGGUGUGACUGGUGUUGCCCUUGCUGCUUCCUUAUUUGUUGGAUUUGGAUCUUUGUCCUUGCUGUUUACAGAUGAUCCAGCCGUUUUAGAUGUUGCACUCUCUGGAGUCUGGUUUGUCACUAUUUCUCAGCCGGUGAAUGCUAUUGCUUUUGUUGCUGAUGGGCUCUACUAUGGUGUUUCUGACUUUGCCUAUGCUGCAUAUUCCACGUUUUUUGCAGGAGCUGUCUCAUCAAUGUUCUUACUAGUAACAGCUCCUAAAUUUGGUCUCAGUGGCAUAUGGGCUGGUCUUACUCUAUUUAUGAGUUUGCGUGCAGUUGCUGGACUGUGGAGGUUAGGGAGCAAAGAUGGACCUUGGGAGGUUAUCUGGUCAGAUAGUGAGUAAGGCACAUAUUUGAUCAUGUAGAUUCGACACUGAUCUCUCACAGCCAGCAUGUAAAGGGUGACGGUAGCAAGAAAGAUGCAUUCAGCUCUGUGGGAGAUGUACACUUGUAGUUGGUGUCGGAUAGCUGGGCUGUCUUGUGGCUGCUGUAGGAGCCCGGUAGGAACUCACAGCUUUGAACUGUGUGUUGCAUACCAUAUACUGUACAAGAAAGCUGUGUUUAGUUAUAACAAAAAAGGGAAAGAAAGCUGUGUUCAAAUAGAAAACCUCUUCCUGUAAAUUUUCUCCCUGUAAAUGAAUCUUUGUCCAACAUUCUAGGAUCUGUAAAUCUGGUAAUCUUUU